AUGCCAUCCACAGCGCCUAUGCCUUCCACGACCCAGAACCCCCCAGCCGGCAAGCGGAAAUUUGUCGGUGAUGCCAACGACGAAAACCGCAAGAAGCAGCGACGAGCAGCCCUCGAGGGCCCAGCCGGGAACCAGCCCAGCGCAUCAGCCACACAAAACGAAGCAAACACGAGCCCAUACGCGCAAGUUUACAACCCCAUCCUCACCAAGCUGGUCGGCAAGUACGACGUCAAACCCAUGUCCGUGAUGUCCUCGACGAGCAUCAGCCACCACGUUGACCGCGCGCUGCAGCACCUGGGCAAGUUUAGCAUGUGGGAUAAGUCUGUGCUGCCCGGCGUCGUGCUAUUGGUCGCGCGCGCCGGGACCACUGGAAAAGCGAUCACGAUCGCGGAAGUAAUUCGGCGGCGCAUCGGCGAGAGCGAGCAGAAGUGGUUCCAGUAUAACGUACUGGGGGAGACCGCUAGUGUUGUCAGCGUGUCGACACAGGGAGCUGGCAUUGGGGGGGAAGUGUCCGUGGUGGAGGACACAAACAUGGGAGAGGCACAACGAGAAGAUGGGGAUGGAGGAGAAGAAGAGGAGUUUUUCGAGACCAUGCAGCCACUGAUGCCGGCCAUUCAUCAACAGGCAGUGCACCCUGCUAAGAUCAGGCACAAGGCGCAUAUGGUGAUCAUCUUGUCCCGAGUUCCGAUAAACGAACUCAACGCGGAGCCAAACAUAUCACUACAGACAAAUCAGGACCAAAUUGAGUACCUGCGGAAGAAAAAGCUGGGCCUAGUAGCCUAA